ACCGCUGGUUUAGCCAAAAAUCUUGUUCUGCUGCUCUCCCGCCUCUUGGAUUUUGGAGUUCCCAUUUCAGUUGCAUCUUCUCUGCUCCACAUUUUUGCUCAAGUUUUACCGAGACAGGGGAAGUUGCAGGAAGAAUUUGAGUGGCAGUGCUAUUUAUUUUUCGCUUUCGUGUUCUUCGUGUCGAAUGGAGCACAUUUCUGCCGGGGUGAACUAAGUGUGUUUUUGAGGUUCCUAUCAUUAGUUUUUCGGAGCUUGGGUGUGUGGAUUUGACGGGAAUUUUCACAAUCUAGUAACACAUGCGACUAUUGGAACCCUAAUUCUAUCCGGAAUUUAGGGUUUUCUUCGUGCCGGGCAGAUGGUUAUUGAAGAUGAAAAAAGCAAUGGGGAUUGCACGGGACAUGCUUUGGAGGUCAAGUUUGUGAAGAGCGAGGCAGGAAAAAAUGGAGUCGGCAUGGGGGUUUUGAAUGUUGUUACUGAAGGGGUUCCAGGAACUAGCGAUGGUUUUCGAACUUACAAGAGGCGGAAGCACACUAAGUUGACUUCUGGAAGCGAGUGCAAGGGAGAUGGCAAGACUCAUGUUGAAGCUGCUGGUCAAUUAAUGACUGAUGAGGAAACUUUUCACACGCUAAGAGGCAGUAACUCCUGCGAUCAUGUCCAUUCUUCAAUGGUCAAUUUAGAUGAGUGCCCAGAGGAUAUCUGGAGAUCUGUUCUGUUACAGCAGAUAUGCCAUUCAUCAAGUGUUAAUGGAGGCAAUGUUGUACAGGAUGGAAUUCAUUCAGGAUUCAAUGACCCCUCAAGAAUAUUUGAUGCUCAAGAUGGAAAUAGGAAUAAUGACCUUGCCUGUACUGAAUCAAUGUCUAAUACAGUUCAGAUGGCAUCUCAUAGAGGGAACGGUGUUGUAUCAAAUGGAUCAUUAGAAAAUUCAAACAGAUGUAAUAUUAACGAGAGUUGCCGGCGAGCUUUCUUUAGUAUUAUAGAUUCACAGAAGUUUGUCUCAUUGUGUAAGCUUCUAUCUGAAAAUUUCAGAGGAAUCAAGGCUGAUAAUGUUUUUGACUUUAGUCUUGUAAACUCGAGGAUCAAAGAAGGGGCUUAUGAAAAUUCACCCAUGCUCUUCCUCUCUGACGUACAACAGAUAUGGAGAAAGUUUCAAGCAAUUGGUACUGAAUUGGUAUCACUGGCAGCAAGCCUCUCAGACUUCUCCAGAGCUGCCUAUCGUGAAAAGGUUGGAGUUUCAGGACGCAAUGUAUUUGAAGAUGGAAAGCAUGAGUUCUCAACUUGGGAAUCACCCUCUCAUGCUAAAGCAGAGCAUAUGGAUGGUAAUGGUACGUAUAAAGUUUGUACGUGCAGAAGCUGUGGAGAGAAAGCAGAAGGGAUUGAUUGUCUGGUUUGUGAUUCAUGCGAGGAAAUUUACCAUAUAUCCUGCAUCAAACCUCCCGUCAAAGAGAUUCCCCUUAAGAGUUGGUACUGUGCUAGUUGCAUUGCAAGUGGAUUUUGUUCACGUCAUGACAACUGUGUAGUGUGUGAGAGGUUGAAUACGCCCACAACGCUAGCCAAUGGAGUUGGUGAAAUUCUAAAUACAAGUGAACAAAAUCACGAUCACAGGGAUGAGGAUCCAAACUGUUGUAUAGAUGACGGAAUUGAACAACUAAAGGAGAGUAAAGAUUUGGGCCCUUGCAAAAUUUGUGGAAAUGAAGUAGAAAGUGGCGAUAAGUUUAGAAUAUGUAGCCACCUCUUUUGCCCUCAUAAAUGUUACCAUACUUGGUGCUUGACAAAGAAGCAGUUAAAGUCUUACGAUACAUGCUGGUACUGUCCUUCUUGUCUUUGUAGAGCCUGCCUCAUAAAUCAAGACGACGACAAGAUUGUUUUAUGCGACGGCUGCGAUCACGGAUACCACAUUUAUUGUAUGAGACCACCACUUGCUGCAAUUCCGAAAGGAAAAUGGUUUUGUGACAAAUGCGAAGCUGGAAUCCAGGCAAUACGCAGGGUAAAAAAGGCAUAUGAGAAUUUUGAAAACAAGCAAAAUAAGAGAGGUAAAGAUACAUUUGGGGGUUAUGGAACUUCGGGCAAGAAACGGGUCAAUAGUGGCGAUGAGGAAUCGGAAAAAGGAAUGGGGGGAAUGGAUAUGCUUCUUACUGCAGCCAAGACUCUAAAUUAUGAAGAGGGUCUGGCUAACAUUUGAUAUAAAUAGUUAAUUAGAGGGAAGGCCUGAAGCAGGAUGGAUUCCCCGUGACUGAUUACACAUUUUAUUUCUGUUAGAAUUUUGUUUUAUUAUGUUCUUGGAUGGAAAUUUCAUUAGGUUUUGGACAUUUAGGUAUGCUGACUUUUUGGAGAAUUGUAACUUGUAAUGAUGUCUGUAGGCAGGCUGUGUAAAAGAAAACAUGACACAUCUUAAAACGAGGAGUCUGAGUAACCAGGAUGCUGUUGGAUUAAAGAAGAUCCAGGUGAGAAUCAACCUUUUAAUGUUUUACUCAUUUUGUACCAUGAAGUAUAUAAUCUCCAGGGAUUGUGAGAAUUCCGAUGUUUCGGUUCUGUUGUAAAAUCCAUUUAACACAUUUGACAAUCAAAGGAAAUGAUGCCUUUUUGUA